GGGUAGUUUAGUAAUCUGAAAAUUGCAAACAGAAGAGGAUUGUUUUAGCUUAGCAGAGAUCCUCCUCCUCCCACAAGUCAAGACUCUUUUAUCAUCCCCGCGUCGUUGUCGGACAAACUAACAACAAACAAUGGAGACGAAGAAUACUCAAGCUGAAAACCCGCCUAAGCCAGCCAUGUCUUCGUGUAGAAAGAUAGUCAAGGAUGAUGCCAAUUUCUUAGAAGACGUCAAGGACCACAUUGAUGAAUUCAUCAAUGCCUCCAUGGAUGAUCACAAGAAUUGUUUCAACAAGACCAUCAAGAAGAUGUUUGGAUUAUCGAAGGCUGUUGCAGAGAAGCAGCAAGCUGAAGAAGCUAAAGGAGUGGAGAGUUAUUUGCCUCUUCAGACAACUCUCUCUGAUUAGAGAAACUGAUAGAUUCAUGCUAACCGAAUAUUGGUUCGGUUUACUUUUCGUUGGUUUGUUUCGAUUAACAAAGUUUAUGGGCUAAUAAUACCAACUGAAUACAGUCGAAUAAAUUGGAGGCCUGAAAGGUUAAAUACUUGAAUCAAAAUUUUUUGUUUUAACAAAA